UACACUCUUUCUCUCUCUCGGCAGUGACUGAGAGAAACCCCCCAAACCCUAGAAACUACAAACCACUCUUCGCAAGCUCUGCAUAGAGUCUCUUGUGGUAUAUUCACUAUGUGGAACAGCGGCCAGAUUGUGCCGCCGGGAACGGGCGGCUCGGCCAUUCCGCCGCCUCCCGCUGCCCAACCCUCUUACACGGUUUUGCCAACUCCGGCGGAAGCUGAGGCUAAGCUUGAGGAGAAAGCUAGGAAAUGGCAACAGCUUAAUUCGAAACGAUAUAGCGACAAGAGAAAGUUUGGAUUCGUUGAGACGCAGAAGGAGGAUAUGCCUCCUGAGCACGUUAGGAAGAUCAUUAGAGAUCAUGGGGACAUGUCGUCGAAAAAGUAUCGUCAUGAUAAGCGAGUAUAUCUUGGAGCACUCAAAUUUAUUCCUCACGCAGUUUAUAAGCUCCUUGAAAAUAUGCCAAUGCCCUGGGAGCAGGUCAGAGAUGUGAAAGUUUUGUACCAUAUAACUGGGGCAAUCACGUUUGUGAAUGAAAUUCCAUGGGUUGUUGAACCCAUAUACCUGGCUCAGUGGGGUUCAAUGUGGAUCAUGAUGAGAAGGGAGAAAAGAGACCGUAGGCAUUUCAAGAGAAUGCGGUUUCCACCAUUUGAUGAUGAGGAACCUCCUCUGGAUUAUGCAGAUAAUUUACUGGACGUAGAUCCUCUUGAGCCAAUUCAGCUAGAGCUAGAUGAAGAAGAAGAUUCUGCUGUUUAUACUUGGUUUUACGACCAUAGGCCUCUUGUUAAAACAAAACUCAUUAAUGGCCCUAGUUAUCGAAAAUGGCAUCUUUCUCUUCCAAUCAUGGCAACUCUUCAUCGGCUUGCAGGACAACUACUUUCAGAUCUGAUUGACCGCAAUUACUUCUACUUGUUUGACAUGGAGUCUUUUUUCACAGCCAAAGCAUUGAAUAUGUGCAUACCUGGUGGCCCAAAAUUUGAGCCCUUGUAUCGAGACAUGGAAAAAGGUGAUGAGGACUGGAAUGAGUUCAAUGACAUUAACAAGCUCAUUAUCCGGUCACCUCUCAGGACAGAGUACAGAAUUGCAUUCCCUCAUCUUUAUAACAACAGGCCCAGGAAGGUAAAGCUUGGGGUUUACCACACUCCCAUGGUUAUGUACAUAAAAACUGAGGAUCCUGAUUUACCUGCAUUUUACUAUGAUCCUUUGAUACACCCAAUACCCAGCACUAACAAGGACCGGCGAGAAAAGAAAGUAUAUGAUGAUGAGGACGAAGAUGAUCUUAUUUUACCAGAAGGGGUAGAGCCCUUGCUGAAAGAUACUCAGCUUUACACUGACACCACAGCUGCAGGCGUUUCCCUUCUAUUUGCUCCACGACCUUUUAACAUGAGAUCUGGUAGGAUGCGUCGGGCAGAAGAUAUACCUCUUGUAUCAGAGUGGUAUAAAGAGCAUUGCCCUCCUUCAUAUCCUGUUAAAGUGCGGGUCAGUUACCAGAAAUUAUUAAAAUGUUUUGUGUUGAAUGAGUUGCAUCAUAGACCACCCAAGGCCCAAAAGAAGAAGCAUUUGUUUCGGUCUCUGCAAGCUACAAAGUUUUUCCAAACCACCGAACUUGACUGGGCUGAAGCAGGUCUUCAAGUUUGUAAGCAAGGGUAUAACAUGCUGAAUCUCUUGAUACACAGGAAAAAUUUGAACUAUCUUCAUCUUGAUUAUAAUUUCAAUUUGAAGCCUGUCAAAACUCUGACAACAAAAGAACGUAAGAAAUCUCGGUUUGGCAAUGCUUUCCAUCUUUGUCGUGAAAUCUUAAGGUUGACAAAACUUGUAGUUGAUGCUAAUAUUCAGUUUCGGCUGGGUAAUGUGGACGCCUUCCAAUUGGCUGAUGGCCUGCAGUACACAUUUUCUCAUGUUGGUCAGUUAACUGGUAUGUACCGUUACAAGUACAGGCUUAUGCGACAAAUUAGAAUGUGCAAAGACUUGAAGCACUUAAUAUACUAUCGGUUCAAUACUGGGCCAGUGGGGAAAGGGCCUGGAUGUGGAUUUUGGGCACCAAUGUGGAGAGUGUGGUUGUUCUUCCUUCGUGGGAUAGUACCUCUUUUGGAACGGUGGUUAGGGAAUUUACUUGCACGACAAUUUGAAGGGCGUCACUCAAAGGGGGUGGCUAAAACUGUAACUAAGCAGCGUGUUGAGAGCCAUUUUGACUUGGAGCUUCGAGCUGCUGUCAUGCAUGAUGUUCUUGAUGCCAUGCCAGAGGGAAUUAAACAAAACAAAGCGAGAACUAUAUUGCAACAUCUAAGUGAGGCUUGGCGCUGUUGGAAAGCAAAUAUUCCUUGGAAGGUUCCUGGUUUGCCUGUUCCUAUUGAGAAUAUGAUUCUUCGUUACGUGAAGUCUAAGGCAGACUGGUGGACAAAUGUUGCUCAUUACAAUCGUGAGCGUAUAAGAAGAGGUGCAACAGUUGAUAAGACAGUUUGUAGAAAGAAUCUGGGAAGAUUGACUCGCCUUUGGCUAAAGGCCGAGCAGGAACGUCAACACAAUUAUUUGAAGGAUGGUCCUUAUGUCACACCAGAAGAAGCAGUCGCCAUAUAUACAACAACUGUGCAUUGGUUGGAAUCAAGAAAGUUCACUCCCAUUCCAUUCCCUCCAUUGUCGUACAAGCAUGACACAAAGCUACUUAUUCUUGCCCUGGAGAGGUUAAAGGAAUCAUAUAGUGUGGCUGUUAGAUUAAACCAAGUUCAAAGAGAAGAACUUGGUCUCAUUGAACAAGCGUAUGAUAACCCACAUGAAGCAUUAUCACGAAUUAAGCGUCAUUUGCUUACUCAACGUGCCUUCAAAGAAGUUGGAAUUGAGUUCAUGGAUUUAUACAGUUAUCUUAUUCCAGUUUAUGAGAUUGAGCCACUUGAAAAGAUUACAGAUGCAUAUCUUGACCAGUAUUUAUGGUAUGAAGGUGAUAAGCGUCAUCUCUUCCCGAACUGGAUUAAGCCUGCAGAUUCAGAGCCACCCCCACUUCUGGUUUAUAAAUGGUGUCAAGGCAUCAACAACUUGCAAGACGUAUGGGAUACAGGUGAUGGGCAGUGCGUAGUGAUGCUUCAGACAAAGUUUGAGAAGUUCUUUGAGAAGAUUGACUUGACUAUGCUGAACAGGCUUCUACGUUUGGUUCUUGACCACAAUAUUGCUGAUUAUGUCACUGCUAAGAAUAAUGUGGUAUUGUCUUACAAGGACAUGAGUCAUACAAAUUCUUAUGGCCUUAUACGUGGUCUCCAAUUUGCAUCCUUUGUUGUGCAAUAUUACGGACUUGUGCUGGAUCUGUUGCUUCUGGGUUUGACUCGUGCCAGUGAAAUUGCUGGUCCACCCCAGAUGCCCAAUGAGUUCAUCACCUACUGGGACACUAAAGUUGAAACAAGGCAUCCUAUUCGGUUAUACUCUCGGUACAUAGACAGGGUGCAUAUAUUGUUCCGCUUUACUCAUGAAGAGGCUCGAGACCUUAUCCAGAGAUAUCUUACUGAACAUCCAGAUCCCAACAAUGAAAAUAUGGUAGGAUAUAAUAAUAAAAAGUGUUGGCCAAGAGAUGCCAGAAUGAGACUUAUGAAGCAUGAUGUCAAUCUGGGGAGGAGUGUCUUCUGGGACAUGAAGAAUCGUCUUCCUCGAAGUAUCACAACUUUGGAGUGGGAGAACAGUUUUGUUUCUGUGUAUAGCAAGGACAAUCCAAACCUUCUCUUCAGCAUGUGUGGGUUUGAAGUCAGGAUUCUUCCUAAAAUUAGAAUGACUCAGGAAGCAUUCAGCAAUACAAGAGAUGGAGUUUGGAAUUUGCAGAAUGAGCAGACAAAAGAAAGAACGGCAGUUGCUUUCUUACGGGUUGAUGAUGAACACAUGAAGGUGUUUGAGAAUCGUGUUAGACAGAUUCUUAUGUCUUCAGGGUCAACAACGUUUACAAAAAUUGUCAACAAAUGGAAUACCGCUCUUAUUGGUCUGAUGACUUACUUCCGUGAAGCAACUGUGCAUACCCAAGAGUUGUUGGAUCUGCUUGUCAAAUGUGAGAAUAAGAUUCAGACCCGUAUCAAGAUCGGGUUGAACUCAAAAAUGCCUAGCAGAUUCCCUCCUGUGAUCUUUUACACACCAAAAGAAAUUGGAGGACUUGGCAUGUUGAGUAUGGGUCACAUACUGAUUCCACAGAGUGACCUCAGAUACAGCCAGCAGACUGAUGUUGGGGUGACCCAUUUUAGGAGUGGAAUGAGUCAUGAAGAGGACCAGCUGAUUCCUAAUCUUUACCGUUAUAUUCAGCCCUGGGAAAGUGAGUUUAUAGAUUCACAGCGUGUUUGGGCAGAAUAUGCAUUGAAGAGGCAGGAAGCUCAGGCACAAAAUAGGCGUCUAACCCUUGAAGAUUUGGAGGAUUCUUGGGAUAGAGGAAUUCCUCGAAUAAAUACGCUGUUUCAGAAGGAUAGACACACUCUGGCAUAUGAUAAAGGUUGGAGAGUUCGUACAGAUUUCAAGCAAUACCAAGUCCUGAAGCAAAACCCUUUCUGGUGGACUCAUCAGAGGCAUGACGGGAAACUAUGGAACUUGAACAACUACAGAACAGAUGUUAUUCAAGCUCUUGGAGGUGUAGAAGGAAUUCUUGAGCACACGUUGUUCAAAGGAACAUAUUUUCCAACCUGGGAAGGUCUCUUUUGGGAGAAGGCUUCUGGUUUUGAGGAGUCCAUGAAGUACAAAAAGUUGACUAAUGCACAGAGAUCUGGUCUCAACCAAAUCCCAAACCGUAGAUUUACCCUUUGGUGGUCACCAACAAUAAAUCGGGCCAAUGUUUACGUUGGUUUUCAAGUGCAAUUGGACUUAACUGGAAUUUUCAUGCAUGGGAAGAUCCCCACUUUGAAGAUUUCAUUGAUUCAGAUAUUCCGUGCUCACUUGUGGCAGAAGAUUCAUGAGAGUGUUGUCAUGGAUCUUUGUCAGGUUUUAGAUCAGGAGCUGGAUGCCUUGGAAAUUGAAACUGUGCAAAAGGAAACUAUUCAUCCAAGGAAGAGUUACAAAAUGAACAGUUCUUGUGCUGACAUUCUUCUCUUUGCAGCCCAUAGAUGGCCAAUGUCAAAACCUAGUCUUGUCGCUGAGCCAAAGGAUGUUUUUGAUCAGAAGGCCAGCAAUAAGUACUGGAUAGAUGUACAACUUCGCUGGGGAGAUUAUGAUUCUCAUGAUAUCGAGCGUUACACAAGGGCCAAGUUCAUGGAUUACACAACUGACAACAUGUCUAUUUAUCCUUCUCCUACUGGUGUGAUGAUUGGUCUUGACUUGGCAUAUAAUCUGCACUCUGCGUUUGGUAACUGGUUUCCUGGGUCAAAACCACUCAUCCAGCAAGCAAUGAACAAAAUCAUGAAGUCGAAUCCUGCUUUAUAUGUGUUGAGGGAGCGUAUAAGAAAGGGUUUGCAAUUGUAUUCUUCAGAGCCUACCGAACCGUACUUGUCCUCACAAAACUAUGGUGAGAUCUUUAGCAAUCAGAUUAUAUGGUUUGUGGAUGAUACAAAUGUGUAUCGUGUCACAAUUCACAAGACAUUUGAAGGAAAUCUCACAACAAAACCCAUUAAUGGUGCUAUUUUUAUAUUCAAUCCAAGGACUGGACAGCUGUUCUUGAAGGUCAUCCACACUAGUGUAUGGGCGGGUCAAAAACGUCUAGGUCAGCUGGCCAAGUGGAAAACAGCAGAAGAAGUUGCUGCUCUUGUUCGUUCUUUGCCAGUUGAAGAGCAGCCGAAGCAAAUUAUUGUGACUCGUAAAGGAAUGCUUGAUCCUUUAGAGGUUCACUUGCUUGAUUUUCCUAACAUUGUUAUAAAAGGAAGUGAACUGCAGCUUCCAUUCCAAGCUUGCUUGAAGAUUGAGAAAUUCGGUGAUCUUAUCUUAAAGGCAACUGAACCACAGAUGGUUCUUUUUAACAUCUAUGAUGAUUGGUUGAAGAGUAUUUCGUCUUACACUGCAUUCUCCCGACUCAUUUUGAUUUUAAGAGCACUUCAUGUGAACAAUGAGAAGGCGAAGAUGUUACUGAAGCCUGACAAAACAAUUGUUACAGAGGCACACCACAUAUGGCCUUCUCUCACUGAUGAUCAAUGGAUGAAGGUCGAGGUUGCUUUAAGGGAUCUCAUACUGUCAGACUACGCCAAGAAGAACAAUGUGAAUACUUCAGCCCUUACACAGUCUGAGAUUCGUGAUAUCAUACUUGGUGCUGAAAUUACUCCACCUUCUCAACAAAGGCAGCAGAUAGCAGAGAUUGAAAAACAAGCAAAAGAAGCAAGUCAGCUGACAGCAGUGACAACAAGGACAACAAAUGUUCACGGUGAUGAGCUCAUAGUCACCACUACAAGUCCCUACGAACAAUCUGCUUUUGGCUCUAAAACUGACUGGCGUGUGAGGGCAAUAUCAGCUACAAAUCUUUACCUCCGUGUCAAUCACAUUUAUGUGAAUUCAGAGGAUAUAAAGGAAACAGGGUAUACUUACAUUAUGCCAAAGAACAUCUUGAAAAAAUUUAUUUGCAUAGCAGAUUUGCGUACUCAAAUUGCUGGAUACUUGUACGGUGUAAGCCCACCUGACAACCCUCAGGUCAAGGAAAUUCGUUGCAUCGCCAUGCCUCCACAGUGGGGUACUCACCAGCAAGUUCACCUUCCCUCUCAGCUCCCAGAGCAUGAUUUCCUAAAUGAUUUGGAGCCUUUGGGAUGGAUGCACACACAACCAAAUGAACUUCCUCAGCUAUCCCCACAGGAUCUUACUUCCCAUGCUAAGGUCCUUGAGAACAACAAGCAAUGGGAUGGGGAGAAGUGCAUUAUUUUGACAUGCAGUUUCACGCCAGGUUCCUGUUCCUUGACUGCCUACAAGCUUACUCCAUCUGGAUAUGAGUGGGGACGGGUCAACAAGGACACUGGAAGCAAUCCUCACGGGUACCUUCCAACUCACUACGAGAAGGUCCAGAUGCUUCUCAGUGACCGCUUCCUUGGAUUCUAUAUGGUCCCAGAUACUGGUCCAUGGAAUUACAACUUCAUGGGGGUUAAGCAUACGCCCAGCAUGAAGUUUGGUGUCAAACUUGGGACGCCGAGGGAGUACUAUCACGAGGACCACAGGCCAACCCAUUUCCUGGAAUUCAGCAACUUAGAGGAGGGUGAUAUAGCUGAGGGAGAUCGUGAGGAUACAUUCUCGUGAAGUAAUUAAUAAUUUUUACAAUAUUAAGCUUUUUACGCCAAAAUCUAAUUUCAUUUCAGCAGACUCGUAGCCCUUUUGUAACAUUAGAUUCGAAAGCUCGUUUCACUAGUGGUGAUACAUUUUUGUUGUAGCUGUUGUGACGUUUUUGACAUAUUUGUAAAGUUUGUUUAAUACUUAGCUUUCAAAUUUUGUAAAUAUACGAUGCUCUAGAAGCCAAUUUUACGUCUUGCAGUCAA